AUGAUUGUUGAUUAUUCGUUCUGGGGACUCAAUGACGACACAAUGAAACUUGCCCCAGAGGGAGCUAUGCAAUUCGGCACGGCCCCACUACGCAUCCGCGAGGCACUCAUGAAGGCAAACCCGGACUAUGGGCCAGUUUACAUGUACAAGAACGACAUGUCGGAUGGUUUCUACUGCAUCCGAAUGUCAACUACCGGCGCACUCAAGCUUGGGGUCAUUUUACCGCGUUUUGAGGGACUUCCACAAUUGGUUGCACUACCACUUGUGCUUCCCAUGGGUUGGACAGAAAGUCCUCCAUGGUUCUGUGCUUUGACGGAAACCGUUGCCGACUUGACAAAUGUUGACUUCCAACAAAACAAGCGAGUGCCACCGCAUCCUUUGGGAAAGGCAGCAGCCAUCACUGACUUUGAAGUGAGGGACACCCAAAUUGUGAGACCUAUACCAAAAUCUCACCAGCCACUGACUUACCAGCGCCCAUUGAAGAAGAUGGAAGUAUUUGUGGACGAUUUUGUUGGAAUGGACCAAGACCAUCCAAGGUCUUCCGACCGAAUCGACCCACAGACAAUCAGUGGCGAAAAGAGCCACAGUCACAAUCGAAAAUGGCCAAGGGAGAUGCCUCUUGGCACACAAUCAAAGAAGCCUUGGGUUGGAACUGGGGAGCGACAACAAAGACAUUGUAAUUGA